ACUGUUAUGUAACUAUCAACUUGAAAUCUGAAUACUCCACUCCGACUACUUGAAAUCUGAAUACCCCAUCCCUGCAACCAGAUGAGCAAUUUGAUAAAAAUUUUGGUUAUCUAGCAUUUUUGUUUCUCUUAAAAAUCAGUCUUAGAAGAUCGUUGUACAGCAAUGGCAGCAGCGAAGCCCUCUUCUCUCUCUUCAUCGUCUCAGUGUUCCCUCUCACUGAACCGUUGUGUCCCUGACCGAUUUCAUCCAACCUCGCUUAACCUUGCCUUCUUCAACGACCCUCUGACUCGCAGGCUCGUCUCAGUUUCUGCCACUGGAAACUUCUCGCCUGUCUCGAGCGUAGAUGGCUUUGAAUCUGGUUCUGAUACACAAGCUUCGUCCUCUUCCUUGGCCAUCGAUUUCCUCACAUUGUGCCAUAGCCUUAAGACCACAAAGCGGAAGGGAUGGAUCAAUCAUGGGAUAAAGGGUCCUGAGUCUAUUGCUGAUCAUAUGUAUCGCAUGGCAUUGAUGGCUUUGAUUGCCAGUGACCUUCCUGGUGUGAACAGGGAAAGGUGUAUCAAGAUAGCAAUAGUGCAUGAUAUUGCAGAAGCAAUCGUUGGAGAUAUAACGCCAUCUGAUGGUGUGCCUAAAGCAGUAAAGAGCAGAUUAGAGCAGGCAGCUUUAAAUGAAAUGUGUGAAGUUCUUGGUGGAGGGCUGAGGGCUGAAGAAAUCAAAGAACUAUGGGCAGAAUAUGAAAAUAAUUCUUCGAUUGAGGCUAAUCUUGUGAAAGAUUUUGACAAAGUUGAAAUGAUUCUGCAAGCAUUGGAAUAUGAAAUGGAGCAUGGCAAAGUGUUGGAUGAGUUUUUCCUUUCAACCACAGGAAAAUUUCAAACUGAAAUAGGGAAGAGUUGGGCAGCUGAGAUCAAUUCUAGGAGAAAUUCAAGGUUGGCAAACAGGCUUAAUUGAGACUCUAGUCCACCUGCGAUUCUCACAUUUCAUGAUUGGGCCUUGUCAAUUAUUUUUAUCUGCCCUCUCACGCAUUCACAUAUCACAUUUUCAUUGGUCACCUUUUUGGCUUGUCCUUGAAUAUCUGAAAGCAAUCAUGUAAGCAAUGAUGUCGAGGAUUCGCCAUCGUUUACCAAACAGCCAAAGCAGUUAAAAUCUUAGAAUUCCAGCAUAAAGGGUGUUAUAUCCUAUGAUUAACAUUGUUAUAAAUUUUAUAUAUUAUUCCUAUAUAUUAUGUAAUGAAUCAUAAGUCUUGAUUGUCAUAGCAUUAAUAGGAGUAUUAGGUGCUAAAUUAUUAGGGAUUGAUUGUUCAGAAUGCUUUCAGUGCAAUGUUCUAUUCUGUUCAGUUCAGUUCCUUCAAUUUCAAAUCAUAGAGCUUCUAAGAUAUGCUAAAUUAUUAGGGAUA